CGAAUCCGAUUGGGCGGCGUGGCCCACGAAGGCCACAUCCGGCCAGCGGCGCCGCAGUAUUGGUCGAUCGCGCGCGACAGCAUCACGGCCGAUGGCGGCGAGCGAAGUUGGUCGGAUUUCCUAUAUAUAUUAUUGAUAAAUAGCUCGCGUCGUUGUCGAGUGCGACUUUCCGAAGCGGCCUCGAGGAACGAGCCCGACGGUACGACGGGACGUGCGCGCGCGCGCGCGGGUGUGUGUGUGUGUGCGUGCGUGAGUGAUCGUGCUCGGGCCCGAUCGCGCGUGGUGCAACGACGACGGUUACCUCGGCACCGUGCGCGAGGCUUCGUUUCGCGCGACGGUGCCCCGUGCGUGUCCCCCGAGCGUGCCUCUUUUUUUUCUCGCGCGUGGAAGGAAGGAAGCGGCGCGGCGGCCCGCGCGCCGCGGGACGGCCGACGUGCACGUACGACGUAGCGUGACGACAGUUACGUGAGAAGGGACAGAGAGAAGAGGAGAGGGAGCGCGAGAGAGCGAUACGUACGGGAGGAGAGGAAGCGAGAGAGAGGAGAGAACGCGCGCGCGUCGCCUCGCAAACGGAGAUCGGCGGUGGACGAGAGCAGCCGAGCGCGAACGACGGGGAUUAUCGUGCGCGUUUCUGGGUGUGACGGACGUGCUCGGACGUUCUCGCAGUCCGGUAUCGGUGUGCGGCUCGUACCGGCGACAUCGUGCACGAGGUGGUGUUGUGCGCGAGAGUGGCCCCCGCAGGGCCGGGGCUCGGGCAGCGUUCCCUCGCUAGAGCCUGCGGCGCUAUCCCACGAGAGCAUGCCGAGCCCGGCCACGAAGAGGACGCGUUCGCAGAGGAAGAACAGCACGCGGCGCGUGAUGCACCAGAUCGCUGCUCCUGCCCGGACGCGGCCGGGAAUAUUUUAACGGCGACCACGUCGUCGAGCGUAGCCGAGCGGUGCGCGAGGGCAGUCGCGGAUACUGUGCGGGCACAGAGUCUGACUCCGGGAAGUUGUCGCGCUGAAAUUGAGCGACUCGUCGUCGUCGUCGUCGCCUGAGACGUCUUCGUUUACGCCGCGAGUGGAGACGCUGGGACACGCUUAAGAGGACACCGGUCAAGCAUGCUACGCCUCCUCGCACGUGAAGACGAAGGAACUGGUAUCGCCUUGCGACAAUGGAAAUCCAUGAUCGAUAACAUGGGAGAUACCGUGGAGACGACGUAAUUACCUGGGUUGCCGCGGAUGAUGGCAAGCCAGUGAUAAACUGUUUACUGGAGCGAAGCGGAAACAGUUAGUGGAAACGCGGUGCCAAGUAGUAGGAAGCAACGGAAGAAGAGAGGGCGGCAAGGGAGGCAGGACAGAGGCCUGUGUAAUGGAUGAAUGGGAGUGAGCGCGGCGCACGGGGAGCGCAGGAGCGGCGGACGCGCACUUGGCGGCACGUCGUGGGAGCCUCUGGAUGUGGAGGCCGCGGCACUGGCAGCGUCAGUGGCAGUGAUGGCCCCUGCUCUGACGGAAGGCGGUCCUCAAAAGCCUGAAAACUUGCUCCCUACCCUACCAGCCGCCAGCGGCUUUCUGUCCGCCGAGCAGGCGACGCAGGUGUGCCAGAACCGUGAGAUCCUCACGAAAUUCGUGGUGCCGGCGAACGUGCAACCGUCGAAGAUCGACGAGCAGUGCUUGCGCGGUAUCUCAAAGGACCUCAUACGCGAUGUCAUUAACUCCAAGUAUGCAAAUGACCUCGACUCACUAUCCGCGUUCACGAACGCGCCCGACCUGAUCGGAUCGAGGAACAGUGCGGCGUGUUUGCAACAGCAGGCGGCGGCGCCGGCGGCGGCGGUGGCGGCGGCGGUGGAGGAGGAGGAAGAAGAGGACGAAGACGAGGAGGAGGAGGAGGGCUUUGAGUGGCCGGUCACGCUGCCGGACGCCGGUCACGCCGACAGGAAGGUGAUCGACAUUAUAAUGAACGACCCAUCUAUGGGUGAUGAGACGAACAACAUGGGUUUCUUGAAAUCGAGCUUGGACUUGCCCUCGGUGGCUGCUGAGACCGAAACGGAAGACAAUAAGAAUCUGGACGUCGAUCAGAUCAUGGCCUUCAGCACCGAUAUCACGGCCGAGCAGUGCAACAUCGCGAAUGUCGCCGAUAUCGGUCACAACGUCGAGGAGAUUCUGCAGGUUAUCAAUUCGAUAGAGGGCGCCGAGAGCACCGGGAACAUUUCCGCGGGCGUCGGCGAGCCGGUGCAGGGCGCCGUCGACAGCGUGGAGAUGUUUGCCAUGCCCGAGGAGGGAUUCGCGUCGUUUGAGCGGGACCUGCUUAACGACGUGGACGUGAUGAGUCUCUGCAACGAGAACAUGAAUAUUCCGGUGGACACGGUGGACCAGCAAAAGUCCAACAGUCUGAAAUUGCAGCAGGACAUUGUGGCGCAGAAGCAGUUUGAGAACGAGAGGAGAUGCGCGUUUCUACUGAGAAGACUGAGGAAGCUUCAGGCGAGAAUAGUGGGCCGACACGUGGCGGAGGAGAACACCGGCGUUCUCGAGUUGGCCCAUCACGGCGUGAAGAAGUACCUUCUUCAGGAAUUGGUUAAUAUCGGCUCCAAGUCCAAUGUGAGGAACUUUCCCGAGAUCGGUAGCAGCUUGCAUUCCUUUCUGCAGAAAAUCGAGAAGAUGUGCGUCGCCCAGAGUAACAGUGUCAAUCGUCAGAAAGUGUGCCGAUACUUCGGCGGAGGCUCGCGGGAUAGCGUGGGUGUCGGGACGUCCGGCAAUAACGGUAAUCGUCAGCCGGUGUUCGGUACCCCGCAGGUUAAACUGAACGGUGAGGAAGUGGAAAAUGUCGCCGGGUCUUUGUCCACGCAGUUGCACUUUGUGGAAUCUAACUUGGACUCUGACUGUACUGCGUCCAGCAGUGGUGGCGAAAGCUGCGACGAAAUGCAGACAUUUAACAAUACGCAGCAACAGCGUCUGUCCAUAUCCAAAAGAGCGGCAUGGAGAUAUACGCAGGAUCGCGCGGGGGUAGCAUCACGGUGGACCUGGCUGCAGGCGCAGAUAUCAGAUUUAGAAUACAGAAUUAGGCAGCAUAAUGAACUGCAGCGGCAGACCAGGGCCGGGAAGGGUCUCGUCGUCCUCGAAAAUGCGGAAACCGUUAACGGAUACAGUGGAGCUCUACCAGGGUCCACUGGACGAUACAAUUCGCCCGAGGGCGAAUUACCGGCUAGUAGGACACGUCCAUUUGUAUGGAGUUUUUACAGAAAGCGAAAGCUUUUGCAAGUGGACAGGCUACACGAAGUUUCGAAGCGUGCGGCUAAAGCGUCGACAGUGAGAUGCAAUUGUGAUCAUGUGUUGCCUGCGUGUGCUUUAUGUACGGGAAGACUAGAUCCAAUGCAACCGCAAGAACCAAUCGAACAGUUCUCCGUACAGGAACGUGUAGCACUUGUUGAUCCCAGUUUUCAUCCGGUGUUGUCGUUCUCCGAUGAAAUUGUACACGGAACACAUUUAGAAGCUAUUAUGAAAUCGGUCGAGUGGCAGCAGAAAAUGUUGAGAGGCAAUUUACGAGUUACCCGAGUGAAAGAUAAAGACAGCAACGAGAGAAGAAACAAGAAGCUUCCUAAUAGAACCAAGUACACCGCGCGAUUAAAGAAAUCAUCCUCGACCAUCCUUACUGCGAGGAUCAAGAGGAAGAUGUUGAAAAAUGGCAAAAGAAACAGACUCAGUCACGAGAGAAGCGUGCCUGGAUUAAGCAAGAAGAAAGUAUCCAAGUUGCCGACUGAGGAUGACGAUGACGUUAGCGCGCUUUCGAGUUCCAGCAAACACUCGUCCCCAGUGCCUUCUCCAUUGCAACACGUUACUGCCUCGACGGAGAAAAACGUUGUUAAAGAGAAAAGUUCCAAUUCACAUGGGCGUUUGCGACAAAAUUCGUACGACAUCGACAAUAUAGUCAUCCCUUACAGCGUCGCUGCUUCAACUAGACCUGAAAAGUUACAAUAUAAGGAGAUAUUAACACCAAAAUGGAGAUUGUGCGAGGAACCCUCGAAAAUGGACGUAAAGAACGGUGUGAUGCACAUGUCUGAUCCGGACAGUGACUUUGAAGAUGUAUCGGAUGAGACGAUCGCCCUGAGGCACGAGCGUAGCGAACGCGAGGAAUACAAACGUUUCAUGACGUACCUCAACACGCCAAACCAACCGCGUAUUCGUCACAACCGUCGAAUUGACAGCAGAGCAGACAGCGGUGCGAACACGCCUGAUCCUAUGUCGCCGCACGCGAGUAGUGACUUCGGCGGAGACGUGACGUCCCCAAUCACGUCUCCACCCGCCACUCCGUCUCAGGUGCAGGACACAGAAUCGUUGGGUUUAGAUUCGCACCGGCAGUCUGCUUUACAAAACUCGCUGCGACGUCGCACCACUUUGCCCACUUUGCCCACUUUGAGACUCGGGAAAGACGACGCUACCACGGCCACCACGACUAUAGUUGAUAAGGAGCCGUACGAGCCACGAGAAUUCCCAUUAUCCGAAGAAGUUUACAACAAUAUGUUGAAGGAGAUGCCGGGUGGAAACUGGCAAGCCUCGUCGACGCCCAUAUGCUCCCGCGGCGAGGACAAGGGCGAUGAUGAGGUGGAAAUGGACUCCCCCGAAUCGGAUUCGACCGAAUCGGCUUGUUGCGAUAUAGACGGCGAGGAUCCCAAUGAUCCCGAGUGGACAGUAGCUGACGAUAGAGACACUGAAAAGGAGAGAAUACGUCCGACGGCUAAAAGAUAGGAUAUAAAACUCUUAAUAAGUACAGUACGUCUACGUCGUUACUAUAUACAGAAGCUACCUGUCAAUUGUUAUAUAUACCUGUCGGUCAUGUAACAUUGCACCUUAAGUUAAUUACGAACCUGUAAAGUGUAUUAUAAAUAUAAAUUUUAUAACUUCAUUCUCUCUGCUUAAAUUAAUGGAAAAACCUUAAUUAUUAUUGCUUUUUUUUAAGUAUUGCUAUUUUGGCCAAAGCACUAGAAUUCUAGCGUCAUAUUACGUUUAGGAUACACAUUAUUGAUUUUCCUGCUCCGUUUACACAACUAAUAAAUAGUAUUAAUUCACCGAAAGAAGUGGAAUCUCAUGACAAUUUGAGCGGUUUUGUACAAAACUGUAUUUAUGUUGCGAUCAGAGCUCUUCACUUUAAAUAAAAGUGCCAAUGGAAAUGUUCUGUAGCACUGUGUACCUUCCAAUACAAACGUGCUUUUUCUCCUUUUUGUGAGAGAGAGAAUACACACCGCAGCCUGCGUGACAUACUCUACAAGAAAUGUUAAUAACUACAAAUGCUUAAAUGUACGUUACAAUUUUAUCCAUUAUGUCAAAACUUGUAUUUAAAUCCCUGUACAUUGUCCGUUACAUAAUUCUUGCACUUAAUUUCGCAAACGUAAUUUAUGUAACAGUCAAAAUCAGUUUCUUUAAGCAUGGAUUUUUUUUAGACGUAAGAUAAUCUCAUUUUAAUUUUCGUAUAUGACCGAGUUGUGUCUUAAGAUAUUACUAUUACAUUAUACAGGUAAGGAUAACGUUAUAAAAAGAUUAAAAUUAUAAAAGGGGAAUUGUAAAUUUAUGUAUUAUAGGAGAUAUUCUUGACAUAGCGUGUGGAAAAUUUCAUGUAGAACAGAAACUACUAAUAUUAAAAAUGUGUUAUUAGUUAAAUAUUCUGAUGCUCUGUAUUUUGACUGUUAUGUUCUUAUCAUUGGUAUAAUUUGUGAAGUAUAUAUUCACUUGUUAAUUUAAGCGUUCAUAUAAAUAAAGUCUUGUGUCACUGUGAUUUCGCAAUUUUCUAAUAGUCUGUGAUACUACAUGUAUUUUCUUUCGUAUUAAAAGUUUUAUAACCAGGCAAAGUGUCUACGAAUUCUUCAAAGUCGCAUGCGUUUCAAUUUUGUACAUCACUUUUACGAGAUGCAAAUAAAAAUAGGUGACAACAGAAA